GUUGAUUUUGAAUCUGAGUCACCCAGGAGAAGAGAAAAGCAAGAUGAGAUUGUUAACAUGCACAAUUCUUUGAGGAGAUCAGUGAGUCCAACAGCUAGCAACAUGCUAAGAAUGGAAUGGUAUCCUGAAGCUGCUUCGAAUGCAGAACGUUGGGCGUAUCAGUGUAUUUAUGAUCACAGUUCAGACGAUUCAAGAAUUCUUGAUGGAAUACAAUGUGGUGAAAAUAUAUUCAAGUCAAGUAAUGCCAGGACAUGGGCUGAAAUGAUUCAGAAUUGGUAUGAUGAAUACAAAAACUUCGUAUAUGGCGUUGGAGCAAAUCCAGCAGGUUCUGUUGUUGGUCAUUAUACUCAGAUAGUUUGGUACAAAAGUUACCGUAUUGGUUGUGCUGCUGCCUAUUGUCCUUCAUAUCCCUACAGCUACUUCUAUGUUUGUCAGUACUGCCCAGCAGGGAACAUGGAAGGUUUAACUGCUACUCCAUAUAAAUCAGGGCCAUCUUGUGCAGACUGUCCUUCGGCUUGUGACAACGGACUGUGCACAAAUCCUUGCUUACGACAGGAUAAGUACACCAACUGCAAUAGUUUAAAGGAAGAACAUACCUGCCAGCAUGAUUUCGUCAGGACAAACUGCCCUGCUACUUGCUUCUGCCAAAAUGAAAUAAUAUAGUGGGCCUCCUAUUCAAUGUUUGUUAUUUUUGCCAGAAAAAAUCUUUAAAUCAUAGCAUCUUUUAGUAAUUGCGUGACAUUUGAUUUCAUAUAUUUUGCAUGAGUGUCCUAUGAAUGUCUAAGGGAAACGUAAGGGGUAGAGGCUAGGGAUGAAAACCGUAAGUUCAAAUAAGAAAAAUCACAGGCCUGGAUGACAUCAAAAACGGGGCACACUGUAAGCUUGAUUAUAAGAAGAUACUGAAGGCCUGAAAAUAAGAUCACCAAAAUUCUUUGCACUCCAACUGUAUUUAAGAAUUU